GCUGUUAUAUCUUUUGUAGUAAUAAGGAGAUGGCAAAAAGGUAAAAAUUAUGAUCUGUCUUAAUAACGCAGCUGUCGACUUCACCGAUUUGUCGGUAACUUUCAAUGACCGAUCAGCCGCAUCUAACACACAUGCUCGAUAGUAAUUUCAGCCUCCAAAAUGCGCGAUACAAAAAAUUCUCUCUUUUAUCACCCUACCUUUUCUUACGUAAUUUUCCCUAUAAAAAAAUUUAUGAAUAUAUUCCAUAUAAUAAGUAAACAUAAUAUUAAAUAAAAUUAUAUAUAGCUAUAUAAUGCAUUAUACGUAUUUGUAUACUUUUUUAUAUAAUUUUAUAUAAUUAACCAUGCUUAUUUAUAUAACAAAUUUUUUACUGGGUGAUUACGCAGAUUUAGAAUGGGCGAUCGGUCUGCAUCGCUGUAUGUUGAAAAUUGUUGGUUUGUGGCCGCAACAAAACAAAGAUCAGUAUAAAGACUACUUUUCAAAGUUUCGAAUGUUAUUUAAUGCUACGAUAAUAAUUUGCGUAUUGACUAUACCGGCUUUAGCUCAUUUGAUUAAUGUAUGGGGUGAUAUGAUCCAGAUAAUUGAUAAUUUACAAUUAACUUUACCCUUUUUAAUAACGACAUUUAAAAUCUUCAUUAUGUGGUACAAAAAAGGAGUUUUAUUACUGUUGAUUAAUAAGAUUAUGAAAGACUGGACGCGAGUGAAAAUGGAUGAAGAGCGAAAUGUAAUGCUAAAAAACUCUAAGAUCACUCGCUUAAUCUUACAAAUUGGAUUAUUUUUUACAGUUUUGGCAGCGUUUAGUAGACCUGGCUCUAUAUUUUUUAAAGAAUACAUUUGGCAUGUAAACAAUCUUACUAAUCAUGAAAGACCUUUACCGGUUCCUACGCACUACUGGUACGAUGUAAAUAGCAGCCCAAAUUACGAACUAACAUAUUUGGCACAAGCAAUUGGGUUAUAUGCAUGCGCUAUCACUUACAUCGCGGUCGACAACUUCCUUGGACUACUGAUCCUACAUAUAUGUGGUCAGAUGGAGAAUCUGCAUCUGCGAUUAUUGCAUUUGGGGAAAGAUCCGGAUUUCAAAGCGGUUUUAAAGUACAACGUUAAAGACCACAUACGCUUGAUCAGAUCUGUAGAAAUCAUUGAUGACACAUUCAAUUUAUUGCUGCUUGCCAUGAUAGGUUUUUUUUGCAUACUAUUUAGUCUUUUUGGAUUUCUAGCACUUACUGCUGUUAAUCAAGAUACUCAAUUAUCAUUUGCACAAUUGUCUUGGUACUUUUUUGCGGGUGGAUCACUUUUAAUGCACACCUGUCUUUAUUGUGCGGUAGGCGAGCAUCUCGUGAAUCAAUGUGAAAAAGUACAUAGCGCUACAUAUGAAUGUAUAUGGUAUACUUUAAAGCCAAAAGUAGCACGAAACUUGGCAGUAAUUAUGGUCUGUGGAAAGAAACCACUCAAUAUCACAGCGGGAAAAAUGUUCCCAAUGACAAUGUCUACAUUCUGCAGCUUAUUAAAAACGUCGGCGGGGUAUCUAUCUAUGUUACUUGCCGUUCGAAAUUAAUGACAAAUAGUUACAGGAUGAAUUGGUACGUCCCUUGUAUAUUAUAUGGUAUUAUAAUGUAAAAUUAAUAAUAAAUUGUUUAUAUAAAUA